ACAGAUCAAAGAAAGAAACCUAAACACAAAAAUUGCAAACAUAACUGCAGGCCAGGCAAGAUCAUGAACUCGGACUUUGCUGUCCUCGAAUCGGUUCGACGGUACCUUCUCGGUGAUUCCGAAACUACCGGGAACAGUUUUCACUCGGCGAUGAGUUUCGAGAAUGCUGAGGUGGUUUGUCGGACUAGUACUACUACAAGCUUUAGCGACGUUUCUCUUAAUGACAGUUGGGGUACUAGUACCGCGACGUUGGCGUUGAAAGUGGACGACAAUACCGAUCAGGAGGCGGUGGUUUCGUCGAAUCAACUUGAUUUAGCGUCGGCAACCACCGACGAGUCGAAGCCUCGGGGAAAGAGAAGCGAAGAGGCUGUGGCGCGUGAGUGUGCCCGCGCGCCGCUUUACAGGGGGGUAAGGAGGAGACCGUGGGGUAAGUACGCGGCAGAGAUAAGGGAUCCAACGAAGAGCGGUGUGAGGGUGUGGCUCGGAACGUACCAGACGGCUGAGGAUGCAGCUUUGGCAUAUGACCGAGUUGCUUUCAAGACACGUGGUUCGAAGGCUAAGCUCAAUUUUCCGCACUUGAUCGGCAACGAUUGGGAGCCGAUCAGAGUGACCUCAAACGCCGCUCGCCGGAACCGUUGUCCGCCUCCAUCAUCCGAUAACGGCUCUUGGAAGCGCAUGCAUGGCCACUAGCAAAAUAACACGAGCGAGCUAGCUAGCUAGCCAGUUGGCUUUAAUUUCUUACUAGCUACCAUUCCAUAUAUAUUUGACUAAUUAAGAAUAGAGUACUGUUAGAUAUAAAUGUGCUAGUAUUAUGUAGUUGUUUUAAAAAGUAAUGAAAUUUAUUAUUAAAAAAUUAAUUUUGUAGAUUA